AUGCAACCUUCAGCGAAGUUGGGUCACUGCCGGAACUGGCCAAAUACGAGCCCCCUGUUCCGCCGCCGCUUCACUCACGUCAAAGCCGAGGGUGAAAGGGCCCAGGCCCAUUUGACUGAAGCUAACCUGCGCUUGGUGGUCAGCGUAGCCAAGAAGUACAUAGGUCGCGGCAUGGCCCUGCUGGACAUGAUCCAGGAGGGUAACAUCGGCCUGAUUCGCGCCGUGGAAAAGUUUGACUACCGCAAGGGCUACAAGUUCAGCACCUACGCCACCUGGUGGAUUCGGCAGGCCAUAACCCGGGCCAUUGCUGAUCAGGCCCGAACCAUCCGGAUCCCGGUGCACAUGGUGGAGACCAUUAACAAGCUUAUGCGCCAGCACCGAAGGCUCCUCCAGGAGUACGGUCGGGAACCCACACCCGAGGAAAUCGGCGCUGCCAUGGAGAUCGGCCCGGAAAAGGUCGAGGAGAUUAUGAAGAUCUCCCAGGAACCCGUCUCGCUGGAGACGCCCAUCGGUGAGGAAGAGGACUCGCAUCUGGGCGACUUCAUCGAGGACCGUACCGCGCCGGCUCCGGCCGACGCUGCGUCCUUCCAAUUGCUUAAGGAGCAGGUAUCUGAGGUCCUGGGCACCCUGACCGAUCGGGAAAGCCGGGUGCUGCAGUUGCGGUUUGGUCUGGAGGACGGCCGGAGCCGAACACUGGAAGAGGUCGGCAGGGAGUUUGGGGUCACCAGGGAGCGAAUCCGCCAGAUCGAGGCUAAGGCUCUGCGCAAGCUGCGCCAUCCCUCCAGGUCCAGGAAGUUGAAGGAUUUCCUCGAGUAA